CGCCUCGAGAGCCACGUGAUUUCAUUACCCUUCGACACGUUUCGACACGACAACGAAAGAGCGUCUAGCCGCCGGCGACUUACCGCCAAAAUUUUCACAUCGCGAAUUUUCACCCUUCAAAUAUUUUUUAACAAAUAAUCACACAAUUUCCGAGCGAAAUUAAUCGUCAACUCAUCCCGACGUUCGUUACCCGCAGCCGGCUCUUUGUAGGCGGAACAAAUUGGCGGGCGAGUAGAGCCGGAUAUUGUACUUCGAUGUUCAUUAAAACUCCCUAGAGAACGAAAAAUGGACGCCUUGCUGUUUGCGUUGGCUUUGGAAGUGGUUCUCUUGCAAAUGCGGAUACUCGAGAGCACCACAGAACUGAGGUUGCGGGUUCAAAUGAACACGAAAACCGACAAAGCACAGCGAGGGAAACUUGUGAGGGACCGGCAUACCGUAAAAGAUGUUAUUCGAAGGACGCUCAUAGAAGUCGUAGAGAGUGGCGCGUGGGGCACCCUCCAAGAAUCAGUCCAAGCUCUCCUUGAUGACGACUCGUACGCCGUCAUUGUACGAUCGGACCAUGAAAAGCUUAGAUUCUCUCGCACGUCAAUUAUCAAUGAAAUGAAGACAAAACGCAAACAAUGGGCAAUCGAACUACAGAAUGCCGACCACAAAAUUGCUGUUGUUCGAGAUAAGAUAAAGAACGAGCAACAGAACGCAAACGCGCGUCUAUGCUACGUAGAGAAGUGGCUGUUCGCGCGCGCCGAGUCACUCGACAUGCAGCUGGACGAGCCGCGUGCGCCCGCACCGCGUGCCGACCACGAGCACCGUGUGCACGACGAGCUGGCCAAGGCAUAUGAGUUGCAGAUCAAGAGAAGUGGCUGUUCGCGCGCGCCGAGUCACUCGAUAUGUGCCGACCACGAGCGCCGCGUGCACGACGAGCUGGCCAAGGCGUAUGAGUUGCAGAUCAAGGAACGUGAAGAUUCGUUGGAAUAUUGGAAGCAGCGUUACGUGAAUGACACGAACAAGAUGGAAGAUACACUCACUAAGAAGCGCGAAGAGCUUCGAGUAGCCCUCGCUCGUCGUCAGGAUCUACAAAAAUUGUACGACCUGCAUGCUGGAGAGAUGCGAGCUUGGCUGACGUUCAAGAGCGAGAGAGCAGCUCGCCUGGCGCGCGAGGAGAGACUCGCGACAGCCGCUAGAAGGAUCCAGGCGUGGUGGCGCGGAGUCAUGGUGCGACGCGCGAUCGGCGCCUUCAGAUACCUCAAAAGUAUCAAGAAGUCACCUUCAAAGUCUAAAAAGAAGUAGAAAUAGUUAUUUACAAUACCAAAAUUUCCCUAGA